AUGGAAAAAUGCUGGUUCGUACUGCGGAACACGCACUAUCCGCCGCCCAUCGGAUUGACCGACGACGUGGCCGGGUGUACCGGACAGCUCAAGGGGCUGUACUGCUGUGGUCACAUCGUACCCGAUCUUUCGCACUUUGACGACGUCAUCAACACUCGGGGCCCAAUGGAGAUCCCGGUGGAUAUGCCCAUCUUCCAUAGGAGGCGCGAAAACCCAAUCUACAAGAAAAUGUCGGGACCGUCAAUAAACCACUCCGGUCAGAUCAGUGCACCUAUUAUGGCGGCUGCUGGCAUUACUGCGACUACCAGCGCUGGCAUAGCGUUCCAGAAAACUGUCAUCAACCAUGCCGAAUUCGAGGCUCUCGAUAGCUACAUGAUGCGACCAACACACUCAUACAUAGAGGACAGCAUUGCUACUAAUGAGGUGUCGAGAUACAUCCAAAGAAGCAAAAGAAUGGGAUCAUGGUCUUGCUUCAUGAUCACUGGGAUGAUUGUCGCUCGUGGUGCGAAAGUCGCCCGAUUGGAGACACGUAACAUUGGAGUCCAAGCCGGCCUCGGAGCUGGGUUCUCUGGUGUGGCCGAUGUUGGUUUCAACAUAGACAGUUCGUCAGAGAACAAUCUGUCAUUGUCAAGCGGGCAUGUUUCUGACUUCGUCUGGGCGGUGCAAGUCAUCAAGAUACGCAAGGGCAUUAUGGAUCCCACAUGGAACCAUGAGAUCUAUUCCAAAGGGUCGACUUUCAUGAAUCCUGGGGCUGCUCUUGUUGAAAUGAAGGACACCCUGCGCAAGGAAGGAGUUGCAAACAAAAAGAUGAUUGCACCUGGAGAUGGAAGCGAGAUCUUUGUAAUUUAG